CUUUGUCGGGAGACGCGCCGACGGUGCGGCUGUCGCGGUACCUGCCGACGCUGCCUGAGACCCAUAACGUUGCGGUGUUCGUGGGGGCGAUGGCGAGGGGGAGGGACGACUUUGCGGACGCGGUCGUGGAUGAAAAGAUCAGCAUCAGCGACUUUCCGCUGAGCGCGUCGGUCGCGUGUGGCAAGGUGGGUGGUCGGUCUGGUAGUGCUCUUGGAUGGCGCACUGACGCGGGGCUAGUUCUGCUGUGCGCUGGAGGAGCUCUGGGAUAUUGUUUGAGUCGACAUCGGCAUCGGCAUGCUCAUCUAUGCUGGGAUAUUUGGGUUACUGUCUUCUCUCGCCUUUUCUGCUACUUGUACAACACCACCCCCGAUAUUGCACUUCAACCUGCGCCCAUCUCCCCCACCCCGCAUCAUCCAACUGCUGUCCAUCGUUCACACCACCGGGACGGCCGGCGCUAUGUCGCUGGCUGUCCUCACGCCCCUUGUAUACGCCCCUGCUUGGACGAAGCCCCCCGAUGUCUGCGACUCAACUUGCAGCCGGGCUUCGUGUGUCGUGUGCUGUGUUGUGUAUGUCACGUAUGUAGCUAUAACAGAGACGCGAAAACGAGACGCGAGGCGUGUUUCCCCGCGCGCGAGCGAGUGAUGCCCUGUGCUGGAGCUGUGUUGGCGCUGUUCGUCG